CUUAUGACGACUCUUUUAGCACAUUCAGUGAAGGCUGGAAGGUGAAGCUUGCAGAGUAAUCGAAAUGGCAGGAAGGCUGAGCAACGUUGCAUCUCGGAUCAUGGGCGGCAAUGGCGUCGUCGCUCGAUCGGUCGCCACUUCUCUUCGUCUCCGUUCUGGCAUGGGUCUCCCCGUCGGCAAACACAUCGUCCCUGAUAAACCACUUCCAGUUAACGACGAACUGGUUUGGGAUAACGGGACCCCAUUUCCAGAACCCGCGAUAGAUCGGAUUGCCGAUACAGUUGGUAAGUAUGAAGCAUUGGCUUGGCUUUGUGGAGGUUUGAGUUUCUUCGCAUCUCUCGGACUGUUAUCCGUUUUGAACGACAAGGCCUCCAAGAUACCUUUUACACCAAAAGUCUAUCCAUAUGACAACCUGCGUGUGGAGCUUGGUGGGGAUCCAUAGGGAAGGAGCAGGUGUAUAAACUUCUGAUCUGCAUUCACGGAUUUGAAUUUGUUGCUUGAGGAAAGGUUUCCCAAUAAAAAGAGCAGGGAGCAGAACUUGGUUUUCUUGCAGUGUAUCAAAGUAGUUAAAGGAUGUAGACGGUCUGCACCUAGCAUGCUUUCAUGCCUAUGGUUUUAUUAUCUUUAUACAUCUCUUCAGACGAGUAUGAACCA